GCAGAAUUGGCGGGAAUUCGUGUUUACAACGUACGUUACAUCCCAUUGGAUCGGAUUGACUGUUAAUGUCAGAUAUUAUUUCGUCCCAAAGUUCUUCAUGUUUUGACUGAAUCCGAAUCUAAAUUAGUUGUGGAUUGUUUAUGUUAUUCAUAAUAUUAAAAAUCAGGAAGUGCCUGCAAUUCAUAAAACGACGAUGGUUAGACGAAAACCUACUCCAAGUUCGUUACAUAAAUCUUCAAACAAAGCAACACAAAAAGACAAAACAACUGUAAUAGUGAAUAAACAUAACCGAAAAAGCCAUGUACUGCAGGAAAUUAAAAAGCUAAGAAGAACCACACACUUUCUUAUACCUAAAUUAAGUUUUGCACAUGUAGUCAGACAAAUUAUCAUUGAAAUAUUUCCUAGAACAGAAGUUUACAGGUUACAAUCCAUUGCUCUUGAAGCCUUGCAAGAAGCAGCAGAGAUGUAUAUCGUACAAUUCUUCGAAGAUGCAGUAUUGCUGACAUUUCAUGCUAAACGGGUCACUCUUAUGAAGAACGAUCUAAUUUUAAUGCGUAGACUGAGAGGCCGCAACGAUAUCAUUAAUAGAUAA